AUGUCGCCAGGCAAUUUUACGCGAGAACUCGACCUGACGCUCGACUGGUCGACAACGUACAGCGACCUGAAGCAUGUGAGGGAUGCCGUCUUGAAGGCACCUCAGAUCCUGAAGCUGCGGUUGGACUACGGGAACCAUAACGGACCCACGACGGAUAUUGCCAACCGUGGCAAGCGAGGCAAUCCGCUAUUCCAGAUCAUGAUGCAGCACCCGCAUUUGGUUCAAAUUGAUAUUGUCGGCUCCGAUGGGUUCUUUUCAAGAUCGGCCAACAGUGCCUUUGAGGACACAAACUCGCUGACGGGGUUUAAGGGUGAUAGCUGCAAGUCGGUGUCGGCACCUUCGAGUCGGAAGGACAGUCUGGCUUCAGAAAUGUCGAUAUCAUCGUCGACAGCCACAGGAAUGCCGAUGGUUUCGUUGGCAUUUACGACAUUGUCUCUGGGAACCCUAAGGGAAAGUGAAAGAGCAACACAAGAGGCCCUGACGAUGCAACUGCGGGAGGUCCAUAUCCAUGCCGGAAAACUAUCAAGCCCUUGA